UGAAGUUUGUACGUCCACCUUCAUCCUUUUUCCCAAUCUCCGGAGCCGCAUCAGCCGCCAAAUCUUCCCUCUGCCCUUUUCACCUUUCCUUUGUUACUCCUCUCUACUCGUCGCCUUUGAUCCACUUGAUUAUCAGGGAUUUUUGGAAAGUUAGGGCUUUUGUGGUGUUCAAAAUCGAAUGAUGGCGCCGGUCCAGUCAUCGGCGAAGGCUCUGUCGAGGAUUUUGGGGAGGCGAUUCUCGUCGGUAUUGGUUAGUAAGUCGAGUGGAGAGAGAUCGAGGGGACCCGAGCGACGUGUCUCCACUCCAUGGUUUAAUGUUGCGGCGCAAAUUGGAAAUCCGUUUUCCCGGGUGUUGGGGGAUGGUGGGAGGUGUAGAGGCUCAUCUAUUGGAAGCUUGCCAUGCAGUGCUCAGUCAAGAUGGUUUCUUGGCGUUGGAGAUGGCGAAGAGGGUGAUGUUCUGUGCAGGUCACAUGAGGAGCGGGUUGUGAUGGGGUACACUCAGGAGCAACUUUUUAAUGUUGUUGCAGCUGUUGAUUUGUAUGAAGACUUUCUUCCAUGGUGCCAACGCUCCAGGAUUAUUAGGCGGAACAAUGAUGGAUCUUUUGAUGCUGAACUAGAAAUUGGUUUCAAGUUUUUGGUUGAAAGUUAUGUGUCACAUGUUGAGCUCCGGAAACCGACAUACAUAAAAACAACUGCAUUGGACACUGGACUAUUUGACCAUUUAAUUAAUAUUUGGGAAUUUAAUCCUGGCCCUGUUCCUGGGACUUGUGACCUACAUUUUUUGGUGGAUUUUAAGUUCCAAUCCCCAUUGUAUCGCCAGGUACUUUCUGUAGCCUGA